AAUAAUAAUGAGCCAAUUGACAUUUUUAAAAACUUGGAGAUUUUUGGAAGAUUUCAUACAUUACAGUAUUUGUUGAUAUGUUUGCCCCUUAUCAUGGUAUCUAUGACGCACGUCAACUAUAUAUUCGUCGCAGAGGACAUUGAGUACAGAUGUCGAGUGCCUGGCUGUGAAAAUGAUCACCCGACUGUACAAGUUCCUUCGUGGUGGCCUCAAGGAACAGACCCUAAAUGCUUCAAACCAGUAUUGGAUCUUAACAAGUACAACAUUAACAAUCAUACGUGCUCAAAUUCGUCAUUCGUUGAAAUAAUUGAAGAAUGCCACGAUUGGAUUUAUGAGAGUAACAACUCUAUAGUUGCUGAGCUAAAUCUCGGAUGUCAGUCUUGGAAGGCAACAUUGGUGGGUAGUAUUCACAAUGCUGGUAUGAUCGCCUCCAUGAUGUUCGCCGGCUGGAUUUCUGACAAGAUAGGAAGGAAGCCAACAAUAAUUAUUUGCUCGGUCGGAGGUGCGAUUGGUGUAGUGAAAAUAUUCAUCACAAAUUAUUACGCAUAUUUAGGAGUAGAAUUUUUAGAAUCUCUUCUUGCGUCUGGCCUUUACACAGUCGCCGUAGUUUUACUGAUAGAACUUGGAGGAGAAGCUAAAAGAGUGAGCGCAGGUGUAAUUUUUUCUUAUGCAGUUUACGUCGGUGAGGUCACGUUUGCGUUCAUUGCCAUGGGUUUGAAAUACUGGAAAUUCCUGAUAUUAGUAGUCUACACCCCAAUGGCCUUAUUCGUCUUCUAUAUUUUGUGCUUGAAAGAGAGCACAAGAUGGCAAAUGUUAAGAGGCAGAACGCAACAAGCCAAAGACACGUUUAAAUGUAUUGCAAAACUAAAUAAACUAGAAGUUACACCUAAAGAAAUUGAAGACUUGAGUGAAGAAGAGCUCAGAUUUAAACUGAAUGUUCAAAUACAGAAAGAGAAGGAGACUAUUAAAGAUAUACUGGGUUCCAAAGAGAUAAUGGUCCGCCUCGCAGUGACGUCAUUCUGUUUCUUUACAUCCAGUUUCCUUUAUUAUGGCUCGAUGGUGCAUUCAGUGCUUUUACCAGGAAAUAAGUACACAAACUUCGUGUUAGCGUCAGUAACCUCAUUCCCUGGAGAUUUGUUAGCGUUUUACACAUUCAACAAAUUUGGACGAAGGAUCACAUUGCAGUGGGGUUAUUUCGGAAGUGCUGUAUUUCUAAUUGCCCAGACUUAUGCACCUGCUUCAAUAACAUGGCUAAAAGUUCUACUGUUCCUGUUUAGCAAGCUGGGAGUCGUGGUGUGCUUCACAGGCAUCUACACGUACAGUUUGGAACUGUUUCCAACCAGUGUCCGAGGUUCUUUAGUCGGAUGCGGUAAUACAGCGGCUAGAAUCGGCAGUAUGCUUGCACCUCUCACUCCUUUACUGGUUACACAUCUAGACUCACUGCCGUCUAUACUGUUUUCAUCAACAGCGAUAGCAGCAGCAGUGUUGCUUACGUUUACACCAGAAACAAAGACGUUGCCAUUGUUCGAUACAAUUGCACAAAUAGAAGCUUACAGGUCGAAAGUGUCGACACAUUUAUAAUAAUGUAUCAAUUCUAAAGUGUCAAAGUUUCCAAUUUAUAUACUUUAAUGAAUGACCGUGCGCACCUGUGGUGAGCUCUCACUUAAAUUACAAACUGUCGAAAUAGACUCCUUUUUUUAUGCAUGCAGAAUGCAUAAUAAAGAAAGUUCAUGUAAUUUUUUGAAGACGUGUGAAACUAGACGGGUCAGCAUGACUGACUGUGAUUUGAAACUUUGAAACCUGAUAAAUAAUAUUUACAAUUAAUCAAGAAACUAAACAAUCUGACAAAGCCGUGAAUUUAAAUAAAAAUACUAUACAGUACUGUAUUUAUGAUAGUUUCUAUAACCUGACCUGUGGCUUAGUGCACAGAGUCAUGGUCAAGCUUGAUACCUAAGAUUUAAAAGUCUAUGCAGCUUACAAUAAGAACAGACCAAUAUCGAAAGUGUCAGACUUGAUCAGCUCUUGACUGUAUCUAUCUAUGAAAAAUUUAAAUUCAGUUUACGUUCGUGUAAUUAUAAUUAUUAUUAGAAUGUAAAUAAAAGUAUUUUGUACUAUGAUGCUAUGAAUGUUUAUAUGAAUGUUUGUACUAUGAUAUAUACUUUUAAAUUGUAAUCCGCUAGAUAACGUAACUAAAAGUGAUAUGCAAAAAGUAUUACGAUUGUAUAAAUACAAUGUAUUACG